AUGGCAGGCACUUAUCAUUCUACAGAUGACCUUCUUAUUGAAGUAGAUUGGAAUAACGUCAUAAAUGAUAGUGACGAAAAUGGUCAGCAAGAAACUAGUACCCAAAUAAAGCUCGACCCUAGUAGUGGAGCUCCAAUAAUUCCAUUAAGUGAAGAGUCUGAUGAUAUACCUAAAGAUUCCAUUGAGAUGAAAUUUAAAAUGAAUAACAUAAAUUCCAAUCAAGUCGUAUAUUUUAGCAAUGAGACUGUAAAAUGCUUAUACCCCGUUACUAUCGAUGAAGCGUCUAUUGAUAAUUCUGAGGGAUAUAUAGAAUAUGUUACGAAGAUCUUCGAAAUAUAUGAUAGCUUAGGAGAAGAUCGUAUUUUCAACAUCCCUAUGAUGGGUUUAAUUAAUAAAAUGAACAAUAGAAAUCAUGAUUAUAAUGUUAAUUUAAGUAUGGAAAUGAUGAUCAGCGAAUUAGAAAUAUUUAUUGAUAAAAUUAAGAAUGACUGUACUAAAAUAAAUAGAUUCUAUCAACUAGAAAAUUGUUUGAGCAUACUAAACUGUCUAAGAAUCAUGUAUUUUAUAAUGGAUGGAUCUGAGGAGGAUUCCGUUAUGAACGGGAAUGAUAUGUCCAAGAAUCAAAUAGAAAAUGAUAAGAAAAGGCAGAUAUUUAUUAAUGGCUUAAUUAAGUGGGUCAAUAGAUCAGAUGGUGAGCCUAAUGCUGACUUCAUUGAACAAGUAUUUGAUAGCACUGAACAAUUAGGGGAAGAGGAGCUACCAGAAAAUUCACCACAAGGAGCAAGAGAUUCACAUGUGUUUGAAACAGAAAUCUUCUGGAAAUUAAUAAACCAAUUAAUUAUAAGAGGUCUAUUUAGUCAAGCUAUAGGUUGUAUUGAUAGAAGUGGUCUAAAAGAAUAUCUAUUGGCCCAAUGUGAUGUAUCAUCUAAUGCUUUACUAGACAUUAUCUCUUUAUUGAAGGAGUAUCCAGCCGAUAGUUUAAGUACAUUCCGUGAGUGGAAAAAUUUAGCUCUAGAAUUACUACAAAAUUAUAGCAUGAAUGAUGACAUCAGUAUUAGUGGUGAUUUACGUGAUUCUAUUGAAGAUACUCUAUUAAUUAUCAGUGGUGAUAAGAAUUGCAUAUUAAAAUAUUCACAAUUCUGGUAUGAAAGUAUUUGUGGUUUUUAUUUAUUCUACAUUCCAUCAUUAGAAUUAAUUAAAACUGAAUAUUUAGCAUGGUCGAUAAAGAAAAAUACAAUCAAUGUAGUUAAUUCAUGGGAAGUUGCCAGUAAAGACUUAAUGCAGGGUAAAAUAUAUCCGAUCCUACCAAUACUAGAAAAAUAUGAUUUAGCAACAAGCUCAUUUACUUCUGGUUUAUGUCAAGCUAAAGGUCUUCUUGAGCCUGAAAUAGAAGAACAAUAUGGUAUUGUAAAUUAUAUGAUAAACUCAUUUGCAUUUGAAAUUUGUAGCAAAAUGAAUAAUAAGAAGCUAUGGCCAAUUGCCAUUGGUUUAAUCUGUAAUAACCCUAACAAUUCUAAUACUUACAAGAGAAUUACAAUAGGCGAAUUGAUUGCACAUUUCCCAUAUGAAACAAAUGAUGACCUUGAAUGGCUAUUAAGUAUAUGUGCCGAGUGGAAAUUAAUUGAUGUUGCAAAAAAAAUAUACAUGCAAUUAGGUAAUACUAUGAUGUAUGAGGGUAAUACAAUUGAAGCUAUGAAGAACUUUAGUAAAGGUGGCAAUAUUGAAAUGGUUAAACACUAUUCAUGGAUGCUAUUUGAAGCAUCAAUUUUACAAAGUAAGCCUUUAGAUGACAUUAUACUAAACACAAUUGUAUCUGAUGAUGCUUCAAAGAUAGACAGUGAUAUUCCCGAAGAAAUUUUAGAUAAAAUGGUUACUAAUACUAUGAGACAAACAUUAUCACCUUAUGGUGUACUAUUUAAAUUUUUCCAACUAAUUGAAGAAGAAAAAUUCUCGAGUGCAUUGGAAUUACUAUUAUUACUAAUUAACUUUCAGUAUCUUCCAAAGCAUUAUCUAGUUUUAAUUACAAGUAAAUUACUAUACCCAAUUUAUUUAAUGGAUGAUACUAAGAAGGUGAGUGAAGAAAGCAUCCUAAUCUUGAUCGAAGUGAUCGAAAAGGAAUGGGAUUGUAAGGAUGAAAAAUCUAUUAUCAUAUAUCAGCGUGUAAUUGCAGAAGAAUAUGAAAAAGAGAGUGAACACAUGAAUUUAGAUCAAGACGACAAACAGAAUCGCAAGGCAACUAAUUAUCCGGGUACUAUUGAAGAUUUUCUAAAACAAGUGCGUCGUCUCUUAAAUUUCAAAUUAUGCGAUGACUAUAUUAUAUUAUGA